ACCCAAACAACCAUCCACGUCGGCUUGUCCGGGUUGCUUGCUGCAGCGUAGUGUUGUUGUUCUCCUUCUGAGCUAGUUCGGGUCUCGGUGCAGUGGUUUUGUUGCAGUAAAAAGGAGCUAAACUAAAGUGGUCGGAUCCAGUUCACUAUCACGUCUGCAAGGAAACUACCCCUAAAAUAUUGACGCUAGUUGGAAACGGGUUUUCGGAUCCAAGGACUUCUGUUUUGGUUCUUUUUUUUGGGGCUGAGAAAAAAGUUCGAAAGGGAAAGGGACUUGAUCCGAACUCAAACUUAACGGGAUUCGUCUGGAGUAUGUGAUACGGUUUGGGCGCUGAAGAGGAUUCGGAACCAAUUAUCAACAAACCAGUAACAAUUGACACGAUUUCUAAGUGAUUAGCCCUACAAACAGACACGAUGGCCAUUAAACCGGGAAUGGGACGAAAGUCUUCCAGCAAAAAUCCUCCGUUCCUGAGCCACGAGUUCGUGAUCCAGAACCAUGCUGAUAUUGUGUCCUGUUUCGCAAUGGUCUUCGUCGCCGGAUUGAUGCUUCAGGCAACGCACUCGGUGGCCAGCAUUUUCAUCGCCCUGCACCACAACGUCACCGGAGCCGAUCCGAGCCACGAAAACCCGCAGGGAGAGCCCUUCUUCUACACGCCCGGCUGGAAGGAUGGCUGCGCCGUUUUCUUCUACACCCUGAUCUGCAUCAUCAUGCACGCUAUUCUACAGGAAUACGUUUUAGAUAAAAUCUCCAAAAAACUGCACUUGUCCAAGUUUAAGCUGUCCCGGUUUAACGAGUCCGGUCAGCUGGUGGUGUUCUACGCGAUGUCCUUCCUGUGGGGCUUCGAUGUCAUCGUCCGCGAGCAAUACAUCGGCAAUUUGACCAAGAUGUGGGAAGGAUUCCCGGAUCACCCAAUGAUGUUCCUGCAUAAGCUGUUCUUUAUCAUCCAGCUGGCGUACUAUCUGCACAUGCUGCCGGAGCUUUACUUCCAGAAGGUCAAGAAGGACGAACAGAAACCGAAGAUCCAGCAUGCCCUCGGAGGAUUCUUCCUGAUCGGGGCUGCCUAUUUCCUUGGAUUCCAACGCAUUGCUUUGGUUCUACUGACUCUGCAUUACUUCUGCGAAUUUGUUGCACAUGCUUUCCAACUGGUCGACAUCCUGGACAAGGAAGAGAAAUUCGUGCGAUUGCGUCUGGUCCACAACGUCCUGUUCAUCUUGACCCGCUUCGCUACCAUGGUUCUGGCCUUCCUGACCCUGUUCUACGGCAUCAGCAACGUGUCCCAGAUGAAGCGCACCUACAUGCUGGCCACGGUGUUCGGUAUGCAGGGCUAUCUGAUCUUCGACUUCAUCUCCAACGUGCUCAAAUCGAAGCGUGAAUCGUCGACGACGGCCCAGGCCGAACAGCGCCCCCUGAAAUCGUCCGGUGGCAAGAGCGAAAAGACCAAGAAGGAACGCAAGAAGGAAAGCGACCUGCCGGAAGCGGACCAGAAUGCCGUCCAAUCGUCCCCGGCUCCGGCAGUCGGCAAGGCCUCCAAAAAGGUCAAGGCUAAAUAAGUCAAGUUUUUUGAUUUUCUUAGAAUUUUGUUUUCGUGUAUUCAUUUCCAUUUUUUUGACAAACACUCAAAUAAUUUUUUCGUGUAUUUUUUUGGUUUGAUUGAUGCAAAAAUGUUUUGUAAAAAAGUUACAGGAUCACUUAAUAGGUAAUGAUGCAUGACUUUAAGUAUUUGCUCUGUUAAAUAGCGUAAUCACGCUCGACUGUCAACUGAUUUUGAUUCUGUAAAUUAUUUUGGAAAGAGCAACUCUAAUUAAAGCUUGAUCAAAGAUCAUCUCAGAGAUAAAACAAAAACAAACAACUUUCUACAUGCUCAAACAAUUGUACACUUUUUCUCUCCCCUCAUGACUAUUGGAGUCGUCCCAAGCUCUGUACUAAGCAAAAAAAACACUUGUAUUACGUCAAACGGUUCGUUUAAAAAAUAGGCCGAAUGCGCAUUUUCCAUAGCCGUGUCGUCAUUUAUACUUCCGCCCCAGUAGAAAUGUAAAGUUGAAAACAGAGAUAUAUAUUGUAAAAUAAUAAGAAAGAAAAAUAACACCAGAAAUUGUGCGUUUGAGCGGUUCGAAUGGUUCGUUUUAUAUAAGGCAUUUACUGCACAAAACUCUACAUUGAACACUACUGAUUUGGCAAGUGCGCGCUCCUUAAAAACAAGGACUAGGAAAACCACGAUCAUGUGACUGCAAAUCAAAACCGGGAGCCUGAACUGCACGAUUUUAAGGCGGUUGACCUAUCUACUCUCUCUCAUAGAAGAAAAAAACGUCAUGAGAGCCGCAAUUGCAAAUUGAAGCGACAUUUACACUUAGCCUCUGUUAUUCGGUUAGCAGCCACAACCACAAAAAAAAAUCCUAUUUUAGCAAGUUAUGGUGAGCAGACGUCAGAAGCGACCGAAAUAUAUACUGAUUUUUUGUAUGUUCUAAUGCAAUAUCUUAAACAGAAUAAAAAAAAACUUGACACAAA